CUGAGAUGUUGCACUUUUUGCAGACCCCCGCUACUAUUAUCAAUUAUCAGCUUUCAAUCAUUUGUUGCUGAACGUACAGCAGAUUUGUAUCAUCGCUUGUUUCAGCGGAUAGCAGCAGAAAGCGUGGAUGGUGAUCAUAUGUGUCCUAUUUGUUAUGGCAACGCUCAAUUUCCGAUACUUACUAACUGCGGCCAUGUGUUCUGCUGUGAGUGUAUAAUGGGCUAUUGGAGGCAUUCUGCUUCGCUAAUUUCUCCUGUAAAAUGUGCUAUAUGUCGAACAGAGGUUGGUACGCUUGCCGACAAGUAUUUUGUCAUUUUACUAGUCACUGUGCUGCUACCAUUGCAUUGGCCUCAUGAUGAAGAUAAUAAUCAACUCAGAGAGAACAACAUUGGCCUCAAUGACUACAAUAGAAGAUUCUCUGGAGAUCGACCUUGGGUAGAAUACUUGUACGACCUUCCUGUUUUGAUUCCGUAUAUAAUACGCAACUUAUUUGACUUCAACGGUUUGAUGCUCAUGUUCAGGUUGCGUAUCUUCUUCAUCGCCAUUGGCAUACUCGCCUAUAUACUCUCUCCUUUCGACAUAAUUCCAGAAUCCGCGUAUGGAUUCAUGGGUCUAAUGGAUGACAUAUUUGUUACUGUUUUACUACUUGUUUACAUAGCCAUAGCAGUACGCCAUUUCAUGGCGCGAAGAGGGGAGGCACCACCAGAGUGAAU